AGGCUCAUGCUGAUUAGCGACCAGUUAGUUGGACGAUCACACCCGUAACGAACGCGCUUGGAGCAACGCCGCUUGUCAUACAAAUUAAAAACGUGCACGUGUUAUUAUUACUCUCAAACAAAAUGAAUUUUUCAAAAUCAUUUUAGGCUUAAAAUUAUAACGUUUCGAAUGUGUAAUUAUUGAACGAUAUUUAUCCUUAUUUCUCAUUGACAAUCGCUGGGUACACCGAUAGAAACAUUUUGACGACACCGGCGACACCUGUUGCCGGGUCGUUAUUCAAAAUAUUAUUUUGAACAUUUUUUGUGACUUAUUAUUUUUGAGUAAUGUCAUCGUAUAGUAGUUCUAUGAGAACAUUUCGUAGUUCUGAUUCGACUAGCGAACUUGGUUCUACCGAAACGUCGUUUUCCGAAAGAUCUCAACCAUAUUUUGCGUUAUGCUCGCCUCGAUCUAAAUCUUCUGCUUCAACGACUAUAACAUCAGCAACAGAUGAUCAGAGAGCUUCUACUACAGCAAAACAUCACCCUUGUCGUCGGACGUCAAGUGCAAAAACUGUAGCCAGUAAACCGCGGUCAGCUGUCCGCCGAGAUUUCGGACACGUCAACUCGUUCCCAGACACGCAUAAGACGCCAUGUGGAUCUUCGUCUACAUCGUACUAUACUCCACCUCGUAGUCCAUCGUUGAGCGUGACAACACCGACAGACGCACCUCGUCGUAGUCCGAUCACUCCGUCGUCCACAGUGUUUAAGUUUCCACCAACGUCAUCCUCCACUGCUGCCAUGGUUCAUCACUAUGGCCGACAGCAUCAUAACGUCAAUAGUGGUCCGACCAACCCAAGCACACCCAGAACGUUACCCAGAAGUCCAUCCACUGGAAGUGCGACUACCGCUUCAUAUAACACUACGAACAGCGACAGUGUUUGCACUACUCAUAAGUCUGCAUCUGAUCUGACAGAAUGUACGGAAGAAGAUCAUUCUAUAACGUCCACGUCAUUAUCCCGACCUUCAUCUCCGAGGACACGAGGCUUAGCUUAUUUGGCAUCUCGCAGAAGUAGUAGAGACUCUCAAUUUUCUAACGAAGAAUUAGCUCCACUUAAUUUUAAUGCGACAUCCCGUGCACGUCAACGUAGAACAUCAAAUUUUUUGGAGCUUCCAGUGCCAGAUCACGUAAGACCUAGAGUCUGCAGUCUUCCGGAAAAACCAUAUAAUCCAAGAUCUGGGGAUGAGUUAUAUAGAUUAAGAACAUUCAGCAUAACAAACAAAGGUGGUGUUGUGAAUUGUGGAGAUAGCAUAAUCAACAGGCGAUCUAGAAGCAAUACCAGUGUCAAUUCAACAACUAGCAAACACAGUCCUAGUAACCUGAGUGGAAUAUCUCCUUUUGACGGUUCGUGUUGCGGCGGUAAUAGUAGUUACAAUGACCUAAGUUCUGGUGAAUCCAGCGUUGCCGAAGAAAUACCUAAGUACAGGGUAGUAUUGUUGGGCGAUUCAGGAGUUGGUAAGACCGCACUAGUCUCCCAAUUCAUGACAUCCGAAUAUAUGAACACGUAUGACGCCUCUUUAGAUGACGAGUUUGGCGAAAAGACUGUUUCAAUACUAUUGGAUGGGGAAGAAUCGGAAAUGGUUUUCAUCGAUCAUCCUAAUAUCGAAAUGUCGGUAGAAAAUUCGAUAGCAACAUACGAACCUCAUGCAUGUAUUGUCGUGUAUUCUGUAGUAUCCAAAGGGUCUUUGAAAACAGCCGAAGAGAUAUUGAAUUAUUUAUGGCAAGAGAAUUAUACACGAGAAAAAACUGUUAUUGUAGUCGGAAACAAGGCCGACCUAAUGAGAGCUAGAUGUAUAACUACUGAAGAGGGAAAACAUCUAGCAUGUUCCAGGGAAUGUAAAUUUAUUGAAACAUCAAGUGGCAUUCAGCACAAUGUUGAUGAGCUUUUGGUAGGCGUUCUAAAGCAGAUUCGAUUGCGCGAGACAAGAGAUAAAAAGAAACAAACCCAAAGGAAGCGGACAGACAUUCAUGGAUCCAAGACAUCACUGUCUUUACACAUAGCUAAGGAAAUACUUCAAAAAAUGUGUUUACUUGAUUCCAAAUCAAAGUCUUGCGGCAAUCUACAUGUUUUAUAAGCUUUGAGUUUUUGACGGGCGUCUUUAUCCUACAAAUAAUUUUUAUUGCAGUAUUUUUGUUGUAUUUCAUUGUUUAUGCAUAAACAAUAAUAUGUACAGAUACCUUCACUCAUAUGCGUGAGUGUAUCUGUGUAAACAACUGAGACAUCUAAAAAGUUCAUACUAAAACCAAAUAUUAUGCUUAAAUAACUCAAACUAACCAUAUCUGUAGAAUUUUUGAUUAGCACACACUAUCACUAUGCGUGGAUGGAUGUCGGAACCACUUUUCAAACGAUUCCGUUCAUGUGAUAAUGAUACGUGUACACGUGUGUUUGUAGAAGUUUAUAAUAAUGUGUAUAUAUAAUAACGUAAAAUAUAUAUAUUGAUCGUUUAA